AUGCCAACAUCCGUUGAAGAGCCACUUCCAAUCUCUAAGAAGGAACAGGAGCCCUUAGACAUCCAGAAAGUCUUCCACUAUACCGACCUCGACAUCUGCAAGCCCACGCGCGUCGAGGACACCUAUGACUACCAAUGGGGCUUCGGUAAUCGCUUCCAGAGUGAAAUCAUCCCAGGCACACUGCUCGUCGCGCAGAAUCACCCCCAGGUCCCGCGUUUCAACUUGUACACCCGAGGGCCCCACAUCUUCCGCCUUCGCCGCAAGCAGAGUCGCCAAUGCGAGCACUUAGAUGACGGCGUGCUCGAGUCUAGGGCGCAUCUGGAAAGCUGCUUCCUGGCCAUCAAUCCAAAGGUCAAGAUGAUUCCGGCACAGGUCGAGUGGGCGCCUUUUGACCUUCCCCGGGAAGGCGAGGAGACUGAUUUUGUGGACGGUCUGCACUCUCUGGGUGGACCCGGGGAUGCCAACAUGCGGGAUGGGCUUGCGUUGCAUGUGUUUACGAUCAACGCCCGGAUGACGCGGAGGGCGUUUUUGAACGGGGAUGGAGAGUUCUUGAUCGUCGCGCUGCUGGGAAACCUGGACAUCCAGACCGAGAUGGGCAAACUCUACCUCCAGCCUGGCGAGAUCUGCGUGGUCCCUCGCGGCAUCAAAUUCUGCCUGAACCCUGCGGAUGGCACCAGAGAUGCCCGAGGCUACGUUCUGGAAGUCUGA